AUGGAUCAAACUUCAGAAAAAAUCGUCUUAUUCUUUGACAUCGACAACUGUCUAUACUCACGUAAUGAUAAAGUCCUAGAGCACAUGUCCCGCAACAUCGACGACUACUUCAAGAAACAUCUCGGCCUCUCCCCAGACGAUGCAGAGCGCCUUCACAAAGAUUACUCUCAGCAAUACGGCCAGGCAAUUGAAGGCCUGGUACGCCACCACCAAAUUGACGCGUUAGAAUACAACGCCAAGGUCGAUGACGCGGUUCCGUUGGACGAACUCAUCAAGCCCAAUGCCCAACUACGACAAUUCCUCGAGGAUAUUGAUACUUCGAAAGUCAGGCUUUGGUUGCUAACUAAUGCCUAUGUGAACCACGGGAAGAGGGUCGUGAGGCUUUUGGGGGUGGAUGAUCUUUUUGAGGGGUUGACGUAUUGUGAUUAUUCUCAGGUCCCAUUUGUGUGCAAGCCGCAUAAGGAAAUGUUUGACAAAGCUAUGGGAGAAGCUGGAAUCUCUGAUGUGUCGAGGUGUUAUUUUAUCGAUGACUCUCAUAAGAAUUGUGUGGGAGCGAAGGACGCUGGCUGGACCGCUAUUCACUUUGUGGAAGAGGGACUUCCUGUACCUGACGCACCGGCGUCUCAGCAUCAAGUUCGCCAUCUUGAAGAGCUGAGAUCGCUGUACCCCGAGUUCUUUAGAGUUAGAAAUUGA